AUGUACCAUGUCACCCUCACAGAUGCUCAUUUUCUGAAUAACACAGAGAUGUCUGAUGUGAUAUUUGUGGUGGAGGGAAGGCCGUUUUAUGCCCACAGAGUUCUGCUCAUGUCUGCUUCACAGAGGUUCAGAGACUUACUGAGUCUCUACAGGAGUAAUGGCACAUCAGACCACAUGGCUAUUGAAAUCACUGACAUAAAAUACAGCACGUUCCAGAUGAUGAUGGCACAUCUUUACUGUGGAGGAGCAGAAUGUUUAGACGUGUCUGUGUCUGAUUUGCUGGAG